AUGGAAACUUACAAGUCAAUCAGAGAAGGCCAUCGACGAAUUAUACGUCAGUAUUUACAACGCAUUGAAGCUGCAAAAGAAGAGCCGACACCGACGAUCUUCAAUACGAUAUUGAACAACAUCCAGAAGAAACAGGAGUUUGUGAGAGAGUCAGAUCAGAAGAUUCUAGAGCUACUUCAACCAGAGGAGAUCGAGACAGAGAUGAUAGAGGCCGACGAAUAUCACCUGAACUUAGAGAUCCAGAUUAACAUGUUCAAGGAAUACAGACGUUCGGAGGGCUUCGUUUCAGAGACAGAUAUCAUGCGACCUGAGCAGACGAUACCGGUAUUUCCCGCUAUACAGACAUCGCAACAGACUGUAAGUUCAACCUUUUCUCAUUCGCAUAGAUUACCAAAAUUAUCGCUUCCGAUAUUUUCUGGAGAUCUAUUACAAUGGCAGACAUUUUGGGACAGUUAUGAGUCAGCAGUACAUACUAACCCCUCUCUUACUGAUAUCCAGAAGUUUAAUUACUUAAAAGCCCAGUUAGAAGGUCCCGCCGCUAAUACUAUAGCAGGAUUCGCUUUGACGAACGCAAACUACGAGAGAGCGGUCAGCUUAUUACAUGAGAGAUUCGGUCAGGUCCAUAAGAUUAUACAAGCCUACAUGCAAGCCCUAUUAGAACAACCACGUCCUGUCAACACGUUACCCAGCCUCCAGAGCUACUACGACCAGUUAGAGUCCUACAUCCGCGGUCUAGAGUCAAUCGGACAAUUUCAAGAGACUUACGGCUCGCUACUCAUUCCAGUCAUUAUCAGUAAACUUCCGGCGGAAGUACGCAACUAUUUAACAAGAGAACACGGAAACGUUGGAUGGACUCUAGCAGAACUUCGGAAGGCGAUCUAUAAAGAAAUCACCGUCAUGGACGCAGGUCAGUCCGUCAUACCGGAAGUGCAUGACAACCCUCGAGUUACGGCGUCUUUUUACACCGGAAGUAGAGGUAAACAAAGACCCCCAAGAAGUUUGGAUAUGAGAAACCCUGCAGCUACUGAAAAGAAAGCCUGUGUGUUUUGCAGUGAACAGCAUUCUCCGAUCGACUGUACUAAGGUAACUACUUACCAGUCCCGUACUGACAUUGUCAAGAAUAAACAAUUGUGUUUUAACUGUCUUGGUAGUCAUCAAGUGUCAAAGUGCCGAUCCAAAUUUCGAUGUCGCCGUUGCCAACGGAAACACCACACCAGUAUAUGUGACCGGAAGUCUGCCCAGCCGACAGCUCCCACAGUCCCUACAGCCCCAACAACCUCAGAUCAACAGAGAAACCAACAAGCCACAGCCAUACUCCAUUCUUCGACGCAGUCCCCUUCCAAUGUACUACUGAAGACAGCCAUCGCCCCAGUGUGCAACCAACAGUUCCGAGUAGACGCCACAAUUCUUUUUGAUGAGGGAGCUCAACGCUCAUUUAUUACAGAAAAAUUAGCCGACGAACUACAUUUACCUCGUGGAAAUCCCGAGAUAAUUCAUCUGACGUCCUUUGGAGACUCGAACCAGAACGUACGCUUCAUGGAUACGUCCACCGUAUACCUAGUAACAGAUUCCGGAAGGAAGAUUGCCAUCCAGGUCCUAGUUGUACCAACCAUUGCAGUACCAUUACGUAACCUACAGCGUGAUGUGAAAGACUUACCCUAUCUACGAGGACUUAAGUUAGCCCACCCAAUCACAGAUGACGAAUCCUACGAAAUUUCCCUGUUGAUAGGCGCAGACCACUAUUGGAAGAUAGUACAGAACAGAAUAGUACGCGGAAAUGGACCUGCCGCAGUAAGCUCCAAGAUUGGGUACCUCCUAUCCAGUCCACUCCCGAGUUCACCUACAAAUACGCCCAGUAGUUAUAUAAUGAAUGUACUUACCUCACCACCAGAUGUCCACGAGUUAGAGCGCUUCUGGAAACUUGAGUCCAUGGGUAUUACACCAGGAGAGGAUCCGUCCAGUACAGAAUACCUACAGACUUACCAGACCACUGCAAUCAAGUUCGAAGAUGGACGUUAUUCCGCCAUGUUGCCAUGGAAACUAGAUCACCCUCCCUUACCAUCCAAUUACUUCAAAACGAAACGACGCACAGAGAAAACGAUUCACCGCCUACGUCAGGAGCCACACCUACUUAAUAAGUACGGCGAAAUCAUAAAAGAACAAGUUCGCAGAGAUUUCAUAGAAAAGGUCCCAGACUCAGAGAUAGCUUCCCAAGAUGUCCUUUAUAUUCCCCACCAUGAAAUCAGAAAAGACUCAACGACGACCCCCAUUCGUAUAGUGUACGAUUGUAGCUGCAGAGAAUCCCGGAACCAGCCAAGUUUAAAUGAUUGCUUAGAAUCUACUCCCCCGUUAUUGAACAACUUGACCAGUAUUUUGGUGCGAUUCAGACUUCACAAAUACGCCAUAUCUACUGACAUCGAAAAAGCUUUUCUACACGUGAGAUUAGACGAGAAGGAUCGUGAUUACACGAGAUUCCUGUGGUUAAGUGACCCUACCGACCCAGAUAGUUCCCUAGAAACCUACAGAUUCAAGGCAGUGUUAUUUGGUGCUACCUGUUCCCCCUUCAUACUUAAUGCGACUAUUCUGAAGCAUCUCCAAGACAACAACAACUGGAUAUGCCAGAUCCUUAAGAGAGACCUGUAUGUUGACAACAUAUUGACAAGCCUUCCCGAAGAAUCGGAUACACUCGCAUAUUAUCGUAACGCACGGAAGCUGGUUUCUAGAUGGAAGAGAUUCAACAACUUACCUGUUCCCGGAAUUGGAAAUAUUGCCCUACCCAAGACAACCCAGCUGACUUAA